CUUAGUGACGCCUCAGCUACCGCCGGCGUUGGAACCGGCGUUGGAGCCGGUCCGCCGCGCCUCAGGCAGGAGCCGGGGAGCGAGGCGAGGGGGCCGGGUACAGGCUGGGGCCCCGGUGCGGCCUACCGCCCUCUUGGGGGCACGAUGGCUUCUGUUGAAAGUGAGACACUGUCCCAAGAUGAACUCCGCAAAAGGCUGUAUCAGACUUUUAAGAACCGAGGUGUACUGGACACAUUGAAGACACAGCUCCGAAACCAGCUAAUCCAUGAACUAAUGCAUCCCAUCUUAAAUGGAGAACUUCAGCCACGGGCUGUUCCAAGUGAUGAGAGUUCACUUUUGAUCACAGCUUCCAACAGUUUGGUGGCAGAUCAUCUACAGAGAUGUGGCUAUGAGUAUUCACUUUCUGUUUUCUUUCCAGAAAGCGGAUUAGAGAAGAAGAAGCUGUGGACUAUGCAAGAUCUUCUUCAGUUAAUGAGGAUCAAUCCAAAAUCCACUCUUUACAAAUCGCUGACUUCAGGAACUCGGAAGGAGAAUAAAGGUUUUCUUAUGCAGAUUUUAAUUGAACUUACAGAACAUCAUCUAAGUAAGGAAACUCAUGACACAGAAUCUCAGACAACCUCAGUUCCUCCUUACAGAGAAUCUCUUGCUGAGAAGCUUCAGCUGAUCGAUGAACAGUUUGCAGACUCUUACCCCCAACAUCAGAAAUACGAAUCUUUAGAAGUAAAACUUUGUGAAUAUAGAAAAGAAAUAGAGAUGCAGCUUCAAGCAGAAAUGCAUCAAAAGCUAGAACAUUUUAAAGAAGUUGAAAUAGCAAAGAUUAAAAUGGAGGAGAAAGCGCAGACACAGAAAGAAAUCUCUGAGCUACGUCAUGAGUUGGAGAGGACACAUCAAGCAAAGUCUGAGGCCUUGAUUUCUCGUGAAAGGAAUGCUAUUGAGAGGCUUCAAAAGCAACAAGAGAUAGAAGCCAAGGAAGUAUACGCUCAGAGACAAAGUCUACUGAAAGACAUUGAAGUCGUAAGGACCAGAGAGGCGGAACUGAAGCAAAGAAUUGAGGCAUUUGAAAUCACUCAGAAACUUCAGGAAGAGAAAAAUAAGGCUAUUGAUGAUGCACUUCGACGUCGGGAGGUGGCUGUGAAGAACAUGGAGGAGACGUAUGACCAAACACUUAAGACAGAACUCUUAAAAUACCAGCUUGAAUUAAAAGAAGAAUACAUAGCCAGAACCAAUAAAGUUACUGAAGAUGAGAAAAAAAAUAAAGAGCAAGCCAUGCUUUUGCGUGAAGAAGCCCUUGCUGUUAAUUCAAAAAAGGAGGAACUCAAGCAAGCUGUAUCACGCAGGAAAGAACUUGAGCUGGAUUUGGAAUCAGCGAAGGCCCAGGUUCUGCUGCUAAAUAAACAGAAUCAGUUGUUGACAGAAAAACUGAAAGAGGUAUCAGACUAUCCUUUGCUAAAGGAGGAGAAAUUGGAGCUUCAAGUGCAGAAUAAGCUACUUAGGCAACAGUUGGAUGAGACUCGGAGUGAGAACCAGCACCUUCGAGACAAGCUGUCACAGCCCUCAGCGGAGUACUUGGCCUGCCAAGUGGAGCUGAGAAGAGUGGAACAUUCUAGAAAGCUGGCACUGGAUGAAUUUACAAGUCAUAGGCAGAUUUUGGAAAAGCAGCUACAAAGUGAGGUUGAGCAUUGUGCCCAGUUAAAGACCCAACUGUUGGACUCUGAAGCUACUGUCAGAAAGUUAAAUGUGCAGGUUGAAGAACUGAAACUGCAGCUGAAACAAACGCAGGCAGCUCUGGAAAAUGAAGUGUAUCGGAAUCCAAAGCCUUCACUCGUGGAUCGCUCUGUCCUUGACUUCAUCAGUGACAGAACUGUGCCUCAUGAUAUUUAUGUAGAUAGUGCAAUCCUGAAGAAUCAGGUUAUGACUGAUGUGAUGAGGGUCAAUGCUGUGCCAAGAGCUGGCUCUUGGCAACAGCUCCAGCCACGCAGCGCUUCUCCGGAUUCUGACCUGGAGUGUAUGGCACGAACCAGGGCCAGAAUGAAAGAGCUGGAAAAAGAUGCGGAGUAUUUGGAAGAAGCUUACAGGAACUACCAACACAGAGUCAUACAAGGUGCAGCUGCCAGCAGAACGCUGAAAAAGGUACAGUCUCCUUUACUCCUACAGCCUGCUGUUAGCAGACCCUCCUUGAAUACCCAUCUUGAACUUCUAGAAGAUAAUCCCAGCUCCCAGCAUUCCCCUCUGAGCAAUUUGAGAGAUGAAAAAUACAUCAAAAGAACUGAGCAAGUUGAUGUCUUUAAAAAUCCUUUAACGCCCCCACGCAGAGGAGCAUCUUCUUCAAGACGCCUUUCUUCUACUCCUGUCUCCAAAUCGGAAAGAGGACUCAGUAAGAAGAAAAUUUCAGAUGACAUCAAUGGCUCGUACCUUGCCUCUUCACAGCAGAGUGGUGACCAGGUGCUUUCUCCUAUUUCAAAGCCACAUCUACCUUCGUCUUCUGAGUCUGUAUCUUCCUCCCCGUCCAGUCGUGGCCAGAAAAUCAGACUUCAUAGUCAACAAACAGAUAAACAAGAUUUCAGUGAUAUUCCCAAACCAGAGAAACUAAUGUAUGAGGAUCUUGAAGAAUGCAUUUCUUCUCUUGAAUAUGACAGGGACAUUGCAGAGCAGCCUGAGGGCCAUGCCCUGCGUCCAUCAGGGGACACUGUGGAGCAGACUGAGGGCGAUGCCCUGCGUCCGUCAGGGGACAGUGUGGAGCAGAAUGAGAGCAAUGCCCUGCAUCCAUCAGAGGACACUGCAGAGCAGAAUGAGAGCAAUACCCUGCAUCCAUCAGGGCACAUGGCAGAGCAGACCGAGGGCGACGCCCUGCGUCCAUCAGGGGAUGUCACCAACGGGGAUGGAUUGGUGGUGACCGAGGUGCCGGCAGCAGUCGCUUGGCUACGGAGCUCACCGGUGCUGGAUCAAAGACAGAUGGAAGAACAGAAUAGAGAAGUUGAGAAGAAUUUGGAAGAAGAAAGGAAAGCCAGGGAAGAAAUGAGAGAGAGAGAACAACAGGAAGUUUUGGAAAGAGAGCAAAAAGAAAUGGAAAAUCUUAACAAAGAGCAAAUCCAAGACUCGAUGAAAACAGAUGAAGAAAAAGAAGAUGAGAAUGGGGUAAAAUCCGAAUGCAGGAGUUCUGGUGCUGAAGAUAACGUAAAGGAUCCUACCCCAAAUCCAUUAGAAAAAUACAUGAGAAUUAUUCAGCAGCGCAGAGAGCAGGAACUGGCAAACAAGGAUUCAAAAAAAGAAGUAGGAGACACAUCACUUACAGAGGGACUAAUAUCUAGUGAAAAGGAUGACAGCACUGCAGACAUUUCUCAUGGAGACACGGAUGAAAGCUUCUGGUGAACAACAGCUCCAUCAUUAUUACUAUUAUUUUUUACAACAGCAACGUUUUUAAAGCAGCUUUCUGUCUGUAACAGUUGAGCCUGCAGGCUCUGUAAUUAA